AUGAUUAAGGUACAGCAGUUGGAGUCUCCAGGGAAGGAGCUUUAUGGGAAAGCUAAAGAGCAAGAGGAUACCCCCGCCAUCGGAACCAGCGCGCAGUGCUCGGUUGGGCUGGGCGUUCGCCCUAGGCUUUCCCAGCUGGGACCGGCCUCCACCCUCAUUCGCCGCGGACCUGGGGCGGGGCGGCCGCAGGGCCCCUCCCGCCUCCCGGAACGCGAAAACGAAACCUGGUCCGGCUGCGCCAUGGCCUCGCGGAGCUUGGCUCGGGACCUGCAGGACGAAGCCACAUGCCCCAUCUGUCUCGACCUCUUCUCCGAGCCUGUGUCCCUUGGCUGCGGCCACAACUUCUGCCGUGCCUGCAUUGACCGUAGCCGUGGCAUCGGGGACGCGCCCUUCCUGUGCCCCGAGUGCCGCGAGCCCUGCGCGCCCCACAGCCUGCGGCCCAAUCGACCGCUCGGGCGAGUGGCCGCUGUGCUGCGGCGCCUGGGGCCGGCGGGGGGCCGCGGGGGGCCGUGCGAGCUGUGCACUGAGCACUUAGAGCCGCUGAAGCUCUUCUGCCAGAACGACUACAGCCCCAUCUGCGUGGUGUGUGACCGCGCCCGAGAACACCGAGGUCACCACGUGGUGCCCCUAGAAGAGGGGGCGCAGAUUUACCGGGAAAUGUUUCCAGAGAUCCUGGAAAAAUUGAGGAAAGAGAUGAAAAAGGCUCUGAAGCUGCAGGCUGAAGGAGUGAAAACCUCGGAAGCUUGGCAGGCAAAGGUGCAGGAGCGGAAGCAGAGGACAGUGUCUGAGUUUGAGAAGUUCCGGCAGUUGCUGGCUGAGGAGGAGCUGCGGGUCCUGCAGGAGCUGGAUGAGGAAGAGGCAGAGAUGAUGCAGGUGCUGGGGAAGGAGGAGUGCAACCUGGCCAAGCAGAGCCGCACUGUGGAGGAGCUCAUCACGGAACUGGAGGCACUCCGCCAGCGCCCAGCCUUGGGGAUGCUCCAGGUGACCCUUCUGUCCUGGCAGAAGCCGCUCUAUGUCCCCAGCCCUGUCCUGGCAGCUACGCCCCACUCUGCAGACCCUUGA